AUGCCUUUCACGAUUCUCCCUCCGGCCGAGAAGCUGCCCCUCUCCGCGCGCAGAGAUGUGCGUGACUCUUUCGAGUCCAAGAAGGAGGGUCUAGAGAAGCAGUUAUCCGAAGUCUGCGGAGAAGCCUGGACGAUUGACAUCAGCCCCAACGCCAUCUAUCCAUAUGCUCCAGAAGACAGCUACGUCCACAAUGCGCUGGGUGCCGCUCUCGCAGGCUACGUUGACGGAGCCAUAUACGAGCUCAAGCGCUUCAGGGAACACAAUGGCGACGCCGGCAUGCAGGACCUAAACACCAUAUGCCACGCAAGGACCCUGACAAUGGCGCCGGAUGAGGCCGAGAAGUUCCUGUACAACGGUGUCGACGUCGACAGCGCCGGCAGGCUCCGCAUGCUUUUCAAUCCCGAGAAGCUCGGCGUCAACAUCGGCGACUGCUUCAACGACGACAAGCUCUCCAAUGCUCUGGACGCAACUCCUCUUCCUGAGGACUCGGGGUCCGUUCUCACCCACAAAGCCAAGAUAAGCGUCGAGAAUGGUUUCAACAGCAAGGUCGAGGACCUCCGGAGCAGCAUUUCCGACAUUGUCAAGAACCCCGACAUCAAGAUCACAGUCAACUUUGACGAGACGUACCAGAAGCUGAAGACUGCUAGGGACUCUGGGGUGUCCAUGGCCGUGGACAACUUUGACGAGAACCUCGGAAACCUCACCGCCGAAUACCUUGCCAGCCUGGCCGGUAGUCUGAAGUCGAAGGGGUUUGACAAGGACGAGAUGCUUCAGGAGGGCUUCAACGAGGCCAUUUCCAAGGGCGAGAUAGCUUUCCGCGUCGUCGACUCCAUCAAGGGCGGCUCUGGCGAAUGUGCCAUCGAGGACGGCGUCCUUUUCCUCCAGUGCACACCUGAAAAAUGGGGGAGCAACAUUUCUGACAUCGCAAAUGACCUGAUUGAUCUUCUGUAA